AAAUAUUAAUAUUUUUGCAAGGCACUAAUUGUCUCAAAUCACCAAUAAUCACAUUUUUACACGUGCAGGACUGUCCCAGUUACGCUAAAACAAAAAUGGAUGCCCCAUUUUGUUAGAUUAGCUAUUUUAGUUAUUGGUUAUAGUGAGUAUUUUCAGUUACUGUGCUCUUUGGUGUAUUUUGAAAGUUUAAUCUAAUCUAAUAAUUUACAUUUUUCACUAGAGAAAUUGUAUAUUUUUGGAAAUCACUGAUUUUACAACAAAAAAUUUAAAACGAGAGCAUUCUUAGAACUCCAAUGAAUCUACUGCACUUAGGAACUAUUUUUAAUACUAACUAAAAACUGAGGAAGUAAUGAAUAAAAGUGGGCUAACUUCGGGCCUUGUGCGGCUGAAGACUGGCCCUGGUCAGCCCUGCAGUGGCCUGGCUACUGCAGGUGUGGCUUUGAUCUAAGUGUCAAUAUUUACAGGUCGACGUAAUAAAGCUUCAUUCAAAUCGCUGCCAUCCUGUGGGUCUUGAAUAAUAUGGCUGCUCUCAGCCAAUCAGCAACAAGCCCGCAAAGAUCAAAGGGGAGACGAGCCAACCACCUCUGCUCCAAACAGCCGUCCAGCCAUGGAGCCGCUCAUCCGACUAUAUAUUCAGAAACUCAUCCUGGGAAACAAAACAGCUUAGGUCUUUAAAUAUUUCCUCAUAAAGUCGCAGCUAUUGUCAAACCUGGAGCUGUUUGACCUAAUGGCGACUGGAGCUGGUGAGUGUCCCAGCAAGGCCGCUCAGUACCGGGUGGACCACCUCCUCAGUGCGGUGGAGAGUGAGCUGCAGGCCGGCAGCGAGAAGGGAGACCCCACCGAGAGGGACCUGAAAGUGUCCCUGGAUGAACGGGAGCUGUGGCAAAAAUUUAAGGACCUCACAAACGAGAUGAUAGUUACAAAGAACGGCAGGCGCAUGUUUCCGGUUCUGAAAGCCAACGUCUCUGGACUGGACCCAAACGCCAUGUAUUCCUUCUUGCUGGACUUUGUGUCGGCGGACAACCACAGGUGGAAGUACGUGAACGGGGAAUGGGUGCCGGGAGGUAAACCCGAGCCCCAGACCCCCAGCUGCGUGUACAUCCACCCAGACUCUCCAAACUUCGGGGCUCACUGGAUGAAGGCUCCGGUCUCCUUCAGCAAAGUCAAACUCACCAACAAGCUCAACGGCGGAGGUCAGAUUAUGUUAAAUUCUUUGCACAAAUACGAGCCACGUAUCCACAUCGUUAGGGUUGGAGGCCCACGCAGGAUGAUCACCAGCCACUCCUUCCCAGAGACGCAGUUCAUCGCAGUAACAGCAUAUCAAAAUGAAGAGAUAACAGCUCUAAAAAUAAAGUACAACCCUUUUGCCAAGGCCUUUCUAGAUGCAAAGGAAAGGAAUGAUCACAAAGACAUGAGGGAAGAAGCUAAUGAGAAUCCCCAGUCUAGUUACUCCCAGUUGGGUAGCUGGUUUAUUCACGGCACGGGAACCCUCUGCCCCCCCACCAGUCCACACAGCCAGUUUGGGAGUCCCAUCGCCCUGUCGCCCUCCCACGGCUGUGAGCGUUACUCCAGCCUGAGGAGCCACCGCUCUGCGCCCUACAGCAGCCCAUACGCCCAUCGGUCCAACUCCCCCACCGGAUAUUCAGAUAACUCAUCAUCCUGCUUGUCGAUGCUCCCCAGUCACGAUAACUGGUCCAGUCUGCAGAUGCCGACCCACUCCAGCAUGAUGCCCAUGACCCACAACUCUACCUGUGCAGCCAACUCAAGUCAGUACACCAGCCUGUGGUCUGUGAGUAACUCCCCUCUGACUCCAGUGUCCCAGAACGGGGGGUUAAGCAGCUGCCUCGGCUCCCAGUUUCUCCGAGGGUCGUCCAGUCACUAUCCCAGUCUGCCUCACUCCGCCACAGCGCCCCCCUCUGUCUCUCCCAUGUAUGACAGCAGCUCCGCUACCGAGGUGCAGGACGCUGUCCAGUAUGAAGCUUCACCCCACGGCCGGCUGCCCUCAGCUUGGACCCCCGUCACGCCUCCAUCCCUUUGAUUAGAGGGUCACUGAGGAUCGAUUGAGACCUUCUCUUGAGUAACCUCUUGUUACUUUAAGAAGGAAUAAACUUUUUUAAACAAAUUGUGUGGAGUAUUUCACGGUGUUACAAGAAGAACCAGCGGAGGCUUGAAUCAGCCUCUAAACAAAUCUCAGUUUAUUACUAAAGAAUAAAAUGCUUUUUUUAAAUUAGUUGAUCUGUUUGAUCUGCUUAUAUUAAGCAUAACUGCACAAAAUUUAGAGCAGGAAAUCAUAAAGCUCAAAUAAUAUGAAUUAGGAAUUAAGAAUGUUUAUAUUGUAAAUGGGAAAUCAUUUUAAGCUCUGUAAAUAAAUGUUUUCUUUGUUUUGUUUUGCUUUGUUUUUUGUUGCCUUUUGAGAAGAUGUGAUUUAAUAAUAGAACACACUUCUUUUGUUUGUUGUUUUUCUUUCUUCUCCCCUUUACAUCAAAAUAGAUUUGUGUUUAAGAUGACUAAAAUGUUAUUCUGACUUUCUAAUGUUUGGAUCUGUGGGUCCAUAAUAGGAAGCAUUCAGAUUAAAUUUAAUGUAAUUUGUUUGUAAAUUAAUCCCAACCAGUUUUACGUUCCUCUUUAUCCCCACAAAUCAAGCCUCCGGUUGCAUUAAUAUGUACAUUUGGGUGUUUAUAUUAUUAUUAUUUAUAAUAACAGAUCUUCAGGUACUCUAUAGCUUUACAUAUUAACUUUAUAGAUGCAGUAUGUAGUUUCCAUAAAGUUUUUUUUUUUUUUAACAUAUUUGUAAAAUUAUGACAGGACAUGUAAUGACAGGAGCUUCAUAUUUUAUCACUGAUUUGAUAAAAUAUGAAAUCUAUACCUACAGAAAUUGCACACCGCUAGGUCCUAGGCAACCAAUCAGAGCCAGGGGGCGGGUCUUAUGCACAGCUUGGCCAAUCCCCCUUGAGCUCUGCUGCGCUACAGCUGGUUCGCCACAUCAUUAGCCUGCCGUAAAUGCUAAUGCUAGCUAGCAUGGCGACCGAUGACAACGGAUAAACAGUGUUUCUGACAUGGUAAGUUGUUUCUCCGCCAUUAGCUGACUGAGAAGCUUGGAUAGAAGACAAAUGAAUAACAACAAUGAACUUCUCUAUUUGCUCAGACUCACUUUUGGUUAACAAGCUAGAAAACAAAUUGAUGUUUAACGUCUGCCAUCGGUUCCCAGACGAAACAUUUCAGAAAAAUAUAAGAAGUAAUUGUUUUACAAUUAUCGGCACCCUUAUCAAAUCAUUCGAAAUACAAAUAACUUGAAUAUUUUAUAAAUCACACAGUACUUUAUUAAGUUAAAAGGCCAUGACUUCCAUGGCUGCACAAAAUAUAUAAACCGGGUAAGAAAUGGCUGGAGGUGGAUUGUUUUUUUGUUGUUGUUUUUUGUUUUUUUUUCCCCACUACGUGCAGG